CAUCGCACUGCUACCUUACCUGAUGCUUGUAUGAUGACCGUGAUGCACACAGUCAACCGGCACUGCCCGUUCACUUAGCGUAGUUGGUUCUAAGCUUGCACUAUGAAUUGGUCGCUUCUGGAAUACCAGACAACGUUUUAGUUGCUUACACAAUGAUACUUGAAGACGUGCUAUUUUUAAGCAUUUAAGGGAGCCAGUUCUUUCGUCGCUUGGUCAAGGCCCGAAUGCAGAACAACCGAAGUGACAACGUCUGGCAGAUUUUUAGGUCGUUUUCAGGAGCAGAACCCCCUGGCGCGAGGCUUCAACAGACCUCCCCCCCUGGAGUUCGGCCCGGCAGCUAUGAGGAGGGCUUGGGGGUAGGCAACCACUAUGGCAUUCCGCCGCCCAUGGGGGUGCCCGGCGGGGCCCCCAUGGUGGGGGUGCAGAUGGCCGCUGCAGGCGACAUGCACCCGCGGCCCGCGUGGGGGGAGGUGGGGCCGCCGCGAGUGGGACGCCUGCCGCCGCUAGAGCCGCCUCAGCCCCCCGGCGGAGUCAUGCGGGAGGGCCUGGCCCCCGCCCGCCCGCCGCCUGCCGCCUACCUUGACCCCCUGCCUCCCAGAUCGGGUCAGGGGCCGGGGGGCGGUGGAGGGCGGGGCAGCAACUCCUCCCUGUACGAGGAUGGGCGGCUGGCGGAACGGCUGGCGGCGCUGGAAGCGAAGACGUCUAUGGCGGAGCAGAGGGCGGCGGCGGCAGAGCAGCGGGCGAUUGGGUUGGAGCGUACGACAGGGGAGAUGACCCGCUCGUACGACAUUCAGAACCAGCGGUUGGCGGCCGUUAGCGGCGAGCUGGCCCGCGCCUCCGCGGAUCUCAACGACCUGCGCAUGCGGCACGAGGGGCAGCACGCCACCGCCGCCAGCGUGACACAGCAGCUCAUGGCGCUGAGUGCGGAGGUGCGCAGCCAGGAGAGCAAGCUGGCCGCUGCGCAGGCCGCCCUGCACGAGUCCGUGAGGCUGGGCACGGAGCUCAAGGGACAGGUGGCCAUGCUGUCUGACGAGCUGUCCCGCGCCACCGCCGAGCGAGCCGCCGCGCAGGGCGCCCUGGAGCGGCUGGGUCGGGCGGUGUCGGAGGGGCAGGCGGCGGCGGCAAUGGAGGCGCGGCGUCAGGCGGAGGAGCAGGCGGCGGGCUUCAGGGCGGAGCUGGCCAGGAGGCAGGCGGCGCAUCUGGAGGCCAUGGCCGCCCUGAACCGGGAGGUGGAGGCGUACCGGGCGGAUGCGGCGGCUGCGGGGGCGGCACUGCACCAUGCGGUGGAGCGACUGAACGCACGGCUGCACGGUGAAGAGGCGGCGGUGGACCGGCUGCGCUCCGAGACCGCUGCCGCCGCCGCGGGGGAGGCGGCGGUGAUCGGCGGGCUGCGGGGGCAGGUGGCGGAGCUGCAGGCGGUGCUGAAUUCCAUGUCCCAGCAGCUGGCGGCCGAGCAGGCCCAGCGGCGCCACGACUCGGCCGCCAUGGACGGCAACCUGAAGGCCAUGGAGGGGGCGCUGCUGCAGGCGCAGGACCAGCUGGUUCGACGCACCGUGUCGCUGCUGGAGGGUCGCGCGGGGCAGCUGAUGCGGCUGAUGGCGGAGGUGGACGGGGCGGCGCAGGCGCGGGACGAGGAGGCGAGGCAGGCGGGGGAGCAGCAGCUGGGCGCGUUUGUAAAGGCCGCGGCUCGCAAGGAGAAGGUUGGCAUCGAGCGCAUGCUGAUGCUGGAGGGGGCCAUGCGUGACAUCGCCGCCGCCAGCUCCGCCAGCCUGGAGGCGCUGCAGCAGCGGCUCGACCAGGGACUGUCGCAGGUUGCAGCCGCGGUGGAUGUGGCCCGGCUGUCCACUGAGGACCGCGAGGCGGGACUGCGCACGCAGAUCAAUACGGCGCUGCAGAAGAUACGAGCGUACGCACGAGACAUGGAGGAGUCUUUGGAGCGGGAGCGGCUGCGUCUGGAGGAGGUGGUGAAGCUGGAGAUCCGGGCGCGGCAGCAGUCCAGCGAGCAGCUGAGGGAGGCGCUGGAGGCGGGGGUGACCAAGAUGGCUGACCGAGUGGGCGCCAUCGACGCCUGGCAGCGCAAGAACGGCGACCUGGCGGACCAGAUCGUCAGGGACUUCGAGGUGGCGUUCAAGCUUGAGGCGGGUCGGCAGCAGCGUCAGAUGACCGACGAGGUGUCCUCCAUCCGCAACAACAUGACAGCACUGAAGGCGGACGUCUCCAGUACGGCAAAGGAGGUAGCGCAGCUCACGUCCGCGGCAGCCGCGACGGAGCGUGAGGUGGCGGGGCUGAAGAACACGUUGGUGACCCAUGGGUCGGAGCUGGCGGCCUUGCGGCAGAAGGGCGAUGCGGACAGCUCUGCACUGAGGGAGCAGCUGCAGGCGGAGGCGGGGGAGCGGCAGAGGGCGCAGGCGGAGCUGAAGCAUUGGUUUGACCAGAACCAGGUUGAUGCCAAGCUGGCCGAGGAGUCUCUGCGGCUGGAGCUGGACGUGCUGAGCGCCACCAGCGAGCGCCGGUUCGCGGCGGUGGAGGCGGAGGCGGAGCGGCUGCGGCUGCAGCAGGAGUCGGACAGGGUGGACCUGGACAACCUGGGGGACAGGGUGCAGGACCAUGCUGACGACCUGUACGACAUCAGCGAGCACCUGAGCGCCCUGGACUCGCGGGCGGCUGAGGGGGAGGCGGCACUGGGGCGGGCGGUGGAGGAGCGGGACGCCAGGAUACUGCAGGCGGAGAAGAAGGCUGCCGCCGAGUCAGCCGAGCUGCGCUCCACGGCCGCGGCGCUGCGCGAGAGUGUGGACCAGCGCUUCACCGUGGCGGCGGAGGGGCGGGCGGCGCUGGCACGGGGGCUGGAGGCGGCGCGGGGCGAGCUGGCGGAGAAGCUAGAGCGGCAGCAGCAGGUGCUGGAGGAGGUGAUGGCGCAGUACCAGGAGGAGACCGCCACCUCGCUCACGGAGCUGGGUGGGCGCUGUGAUGAGCUGCAGCGCAUGCUGGAAGAUGAGAUCGCCUCCCUGGAGGAGAUGGUGGAGACCAAGGUGAAGGAGACGGAGGACCAGGCCGCCGCCGCCCUGGAGGCCCGAAUCACGGAGGAGCGCACCGUCGCGGAGGCACGCGAGAAGGACCUAUCCGAACACGCUGCCAUGGCACUCGACUCACGCUGCACCGUGGAACGCAUGGCCGCUCAGAAACGCGAGGAAAUGGUGGCGGAAGCCGCAGCAGCGGCGCUGGAGGGGCGUAUUCUGGAGGAGCGGGAGGCUGCGGUGAAACGGGAGCAGCAGAUCGCGGCGGAUGCGGCGGAGGCGUUGGAGACGAGGUUGACGGAGGAGCGGUACGCGGCGGAGGAACGGGAGUCCAAGGUGCUUGAAACGGCGGAAGCGAAGCUGCAGGCGCUGGUGGAUACCGAGCGGGAAGCCGCAAUCGCACGGGAGGAGGCGAUGGUGGAGGAGUCGAAGCAGCGGGAGGAGGUGCUAGCGGAGGAGGCAAGGCAGGGGCUGGCGAAGUUGGCAGAGGAGACGGCUGCUGCUCUGGACGCCCGGAUUGUGGAGGAGCGUGAGGCGGCUGUGAAACGUGAGGAGGAGGUCGCUGCAAGUGCUGCGGCUGCGCUGGAUGCAAGGGUGGAGGCGGAGAAGAAGGCGAUCCUGGAGGAGACCGCCGAGGCCUUGGACAUUCGGGCAAAGGCGGAACGCGCGGCGGCAGAGGAGCGGGAGGAGAUGGUGGCGGAUGGGGCGGCGACGGAGCUGGAGCGGCGGUUGGCGGAGGAGCGUGAGGCGGCGGAGAAGCGGGUGAGCAAGGCGAUGUCAGUGGCUCUGGCGGCGCUGGAGGCGAGGGCGACGGCGGAGCGGCAGGAGGCUCAGAAGCGGGAGCAGGAGCUGAACGAGAACAUUGAGGAGUUCAAGAGGAGCACCAACGAGGCCCUCACCACCGCCUCCGCCGCCGCCAAGACGGGGCUAGAGGAGCUGGCGCGGGAGCUGGCCAGCAGGACCAAGGACGCCGACGACGCCCUCACCGCCGUCCGUGACGAGCUCAACGGCCGCCUGUCUGAAGCUGAGUCCCGCCUGGACGAGAACGGUCUGCGCAAUGCGCGCUACGAAGUGUCUCUGGAGCGCCUAGACACGCAGCUGGCAGAGGUGGAGGCGGCGGACAAGCAGCGCAUUGCGGCCACCAGUGCGGCGCUGGAGGGGAGGAUUGCGGGCGCGGUGGCCAAGCUGGAGUCGCUGAUGGUGGCCAUGGGGCAGGAGUUCAAUAGUGGCCUGGCUGCUCAUCAGUCGGACAUCGACACCCUGCGGCGGGAGGCAGGUGAGGCGGCCGAGUCGCUGCGGCAGACGGCGGCCCGUGAGGCUGAGACCAUGCGGGCGGAGCUGGGGGAGACGCUGCAGGCCCAGCACGCCGCCCUGGCCGCCGCCCGCUCUGAGCUGAUGGCUGCGGUGGAGGCGGGUCGGUCGGAGCUGUCCGCCUCGCUGGAGGUGCAGCGCGGGGAGCUGGAGGCGGCGCGGGGGGACAUCGCGGCGGCGCGGCAGCAGCUGGUGGAGGCGGUGGAGGCGACCAAGAAGGAGUUCGAGCGGAGCAUUGAGGCGCAAAACACCGAGAUGCAGAGCUCCAUUGAAGAACUAGCGGAUGCCAUCGACCAGGAGAAGGCGCUCAUGGCGGAGACCCUGGACAAGCAGAAGGCGGAAGUCAAGGCUGCCAUCGCUGCUGCCGAGGCCCAGCUGGAGGAGGCUCGUCGCAAGGCGGCAGAGGUGGCGCGGGAGAUGUCGGCGGCACUGGAGAAGGCCUCAGCCAAGAUUCAGGCCGACGUGGCGGAGCGGUUCGACCAGGAGCGUUCUGAGCAGGUUCGCUCCUCCGAGCAGCUGCGUGCGGGCCUGGAGGAGCUCCGGGGCGAGCUGCGGAAGGCCGCCGACAAGCGCGAUGCAGCGCUGGAGGAGCUGCGGAACGAGCUGAAGGGCGAGCUGCGCACCCGGAUGAUAGAGGCAGACAAUGCGGCGGCGGCGGACCGCAAGGCGGUGGAGCGGCGGGUUGGCGCAGUGGAGGAGGCGCUGGAGCGGGUGGCGGAGAAGGACCGGGAGCGGGAGAAGGAGCGGUUCAGGAUGGGAGUGGCGGGAGAGGAGGGACUGCGGGAGGAGCUGAACCGGCAAACCAAGAGGCUGGACGACCAGACCCGGCGACUAGAGGACCAGAUCCGAAGCCUGGAAGACCGGGGCCGUGCAAUUGACGACGUCAGCAGAAAGUUGGACGAUCACGGCAGGAAGAUGGACCAGCAGGGGCGGAAGUUGGACGACCACACCAAGAUGUUGGACGAGCAUGAUAAGGCCCUGGACGAGCACGUCAAAGUGUUGGACGAGCAGGCGGAUGCGCUAGACGCCUUGGAGGCGCAGGCAAAGAAGAUUGAGGAGCAGGCGAAGAAGCUGGAUAAGACAAUCAAGGAGGUUGCGGAUGUGAAGUCCAAGGUGGAGGACUUGGUUGCGAGGUCGGAGGACCGUAAGGACGAGAAGGUUGACCUGCUUAAGAAGGAUGUGGACACUGUACGGCGGCGGUUAGACCAACUGUACGACAAGGUUGACCAGCACAGCGGCGACGUUGACUCCAUGCUGGGCAAGCAAGAGGCGCUGCUGAAGGAGAUCCGGUUGCAGCCCUCGGGCCCUAGCAAGGAGGAGCUCGUGAAGGAGAUGGCGGAGGACGUGGAUAAGAAGCUGGAGCCGCUGCGGAAGGAGGUUGAGGAGCUGAAGAAGACCCGUGAGGACGAGCAGAAGAAGGGUGCUGGCAAGGCCAAGGACGAGGAGGAGGAGCAGGACAAGGAGAAGGACGUGAUUACCUCUGACCAGCUCGAAAAGCGGCUCAGCAAGGAGAAGGAGGAGGUAGACAAGAAGCUGGAUGAGCGGUUAACACGGGACAAGGAGGAGAGUGAGAAGGCGCUUGAGGAGCGCUUUAAGAAGGAGAAGGCGGAGACGGAGAGCUUAGUUGAGGAGCAGAUCAAGAAGGGUGCAGAGGAGGGCGAGAAGAAGCUGGAUGAGCGGUUGAAGAAGGAGGCGGAGGAGGGUGACAAGAAGCUGGAGGAGCGGUUAAAGAAGGAGGCUGAGCGGUUGGAGAAUCGGCUGAAGGACUCCUCAGCGGAGGCGGAGAAGAAGGUGGAAGAGCGAUUAAAGAAGGAAGCGGAGGAGGGCGAGAAGAGGCUGGAUGAGCGGUUGAGGAAGGAGCAGGCAGAGGCGGAUAAGAGGCUGGAUGAGAGGCUCGACCGGGAGAAGGAGGAGACGGAGCGGAAGCUUGAGGAGCUGCGAUCCAAGAUGCCCUCUUCCUCGCAGCCCUCGGGUCCCAGCAAGGAUGAGGUGGCGCGUGAGGUGACGGAGGAUGUGGAGCGGAAGCUGGAGCCGCUGCGGAAGGAGAUUGACGAGCUCAAGAAGACCGCAGGUGCCAGCAAGAAGUCCGCUGACGAGGAUGACGACCGGCGAGGCGGAGGCACCGUCACCUCGGAGGAGCUGGACAAGCGGCUCAGCAAGGAGAAGAGCGAGGCGGACAAGAGGCUGGACGAGCGGCUGACACGCGACCAGCGGGAGGCGGAGCGGCGGGUGGAUGAGCGGUUGAAGCGGGCGGAAGCGGACGUGGAGAGGAGUGUGGAGCGCAGCGUGGAGAGGAAGUUUGAGGAGCGGCUGGCGCGGGACAAGGAGGAGGUGGAGAGGCGGCUGGAGGACGUGAAGGAGGAGGUGGGUCGUGACACCGAGUCCCGCCUCAAAGCCGCCGAGCCAGGCAUCAUCAAGGGAGCCAAGGAGGCGGUGGUCGCAGACCUGGAGAAGAAGAUGCAUGCGGCGCUGGACAAGUCCUUGGACCGCAUCAAGGCUGAGGUGAAUGACGAGCUGAUCCAGCCGCUGCAGGCAGAGAUCAAUAAGCUCAAGUCCACGUCGUUCAAGAGGUAGUUGGAGUUGUUUAACAAGUAAGGUUAACAUAUGUAACAGACUGUCGCAAGGUGUGCAGGUAGCAUGGUGGCACAUGGGGUUGUGUGCACUGCUUGGCCUUCCUGCCUAUCCUUUCUUUAGCCUUACUUCAUACCUCUCCUUUAGACUUUUGGGAGCCAUUAAAUAUGUUGUUGGAUCCAAUCAACAAGGGCUUGGGGAGCUCCUGGUUGAGCCGAGGUGAACCCAUCACAGCAGGUACUUGGUUGCUUGCUUGCGUGAUGUCAAGAAUGCAUGAGCCAGCAGGGAUCAAGCGUGCAUUAGUGUCAGCACACAUUGCACAUUGGACACGUGUGAUGGGUUUUAGUAGCAGCCACAAUUUUACAUGUGGUUGUGUGAUGUAUCUGCUGCAAGGAAUGAUGUUUAGCCCUGUUACUUUUGCAUGGGCGCUACUGUUAGGUAUGGGUAGUAAUCAAUGAACGAGCCAAUAACUUUUGCCUCAACGCCAAGUUGGUCAUACGAUUGUGUCAGUUGGCAGUACGAUGACGUGAUCUGAUGUGCCUACAAACUUAUGUUGUAUGGGGGGUUGUCGUACCCUGUACAAAUUGUCUAACUGUGUCGUACAUCUUUAGUUACCAGGGAUGGCAAGGAGAUUGCAUACAUGCAUGUAUGGCGUGCGUGCACAUAACACCUCUACCUAGACAUCUUGCCAUUUCAUGAAGCUAGAAGCUGGAAGCAAGCGUAUUGGGUUGGUGUGUUGGGUUUAGGGUUGAGGUUGGGGUAUGGAACCAGCUUGCGUUGUUUCGGGCUCCUGACCCCGGGCCCAUGUGAUCUUGUGAAUAGUGGCAAGGACUUAGACAUGACUUAGGCAAGGGCUGGCUGGCAUAGGUGGCGAAAUAGGCAGGGACACAGUAGUGGCUUUGCUCCUAAGUGUUAACUGAUUAGCUUGCUUCACUACUGGUAAUGCUGUUUGGCGGCAUGAGGCACAGGGGCUGGGUCAGCAAGGUUGGUGUCUGCCAGGGCAGUAUAGCUGCACUGAUGGAUAAGGUUCGGGUGAUUCACGGACUUGGAUGGAAACACGGAAUUGUGUGCACCCAGUCUGUAAUUUAUUGUGAGGUCUUUCAGGUGGUCAUAUGCAUUGCUGUUAGCAAUUAUGUGCCAGUGUGGCACAAAUGGCGCAAAUUUCAAGAGUGCUGGCAAAUUCUGAACAAGGGGGUUCAGUGUCCUCCAAGCUGGAAAAGGGCAGAGCCCCUUGGUGAGGACAGGCCUGUAUAAUGACCACUGGAA